CCACUUCUAUCCCGCGCGAACCAUACCGGAUGUAAGAAAUGUUUCGUAGAAAGUUGUACGCCAUUCUGGAUAAAAUGGACAAAGAUUGGAACGACGGGCUUGCAAUUCAUUCGGACGUAUCCACGAUGAUUAGACACGCCAACUUGUCUCGUCAAUGUUCCAACGUGAUGAUUACGACAAAUGCAUUAGCUGUGUUUUUCUAUGUAAUCGGCGGUCCGAUAUUUCGGUCGAUGAUUCAAAAGAACGAUCUUGAAAGCUCAACUCGCGAGCUACCCAUCAAGAUGGAAUUUCCUUUUAAGAUCGACAACUCUCCGAUAUUUGAGCUGGUGUUGAUAGCUCAAUUCUUUCAUGAUUUGUCAGUAGCUUGUAUCAUCGGUAUGUUGAAUGCUUUGCUCGUUACGUUGGUGCUACACGUAAGUGGUCAAAUUGAUAUUAUGCGGCAAGGCUUCGUGGAAAUUUCCUCUAAAGAGCGUACAAGAUCUUCUCUGGUUAUUAUUAAAGAUUUAAUUAAUAGACAUCAAAAAAUCAUUGAUUUAUCAGAUGAUAUUGAAGAUCUUUUCUCAAACAUCGCAUUAUUGCAGUUUAUUUGGAAUACUAUGGUCAUCUGUUGCAUUGGUUUUGUGAUCGUAAUAUCUAUCGGUACAGAAGAAGGCACCACGAUGAUAACAAAAUCCCUCAUCUUUUAUGUCGCAAUAACUCUUGAGGCAUUCGUCUUUUGCUAUGCCGGAGAAUACCUUAGCGCUAAGAGUAAAUCCAUCGGCGAUGCUGCGUACGAGUGUCUCUGGUACGAUCUGACACCAAGCGAGUGUCGGGUCCUGUUGUUUCUCAUACUGAGAUCGCAGAAACGAUUAACCAUCACUGCGGGCAAGAUAACUGAUCUGUCCUUGGAAGGUUUCACGACCAGUAGGUCAAUUAGCGAUGCCGUAUAUGAGUCACUUUGGUACGAUAUGCCGCCGACAAAUAGUCGCAUUUUAUUAUUUGUGAUAUUAAGAUCGCAAAAACGACUGACGAUUACUGCAGGAAAAGUUGUUGAUUUAACUUUGGAAGGAUUUACAAGUAUACUUCAUGUAAGCGGUCAGAUCGAUAUUAUGCAAAAAGACUUGGUCGAAAUUUCGAAUGAAAAAUACGAUCGUAGUACAUUCCUAUUUGUUAUAAAAAAUCUCAUUUGCAAACAUCAGAAGAUUAUUAUGUUAUCGGAAAAUAUCGAGAAUCUGUUUACUCAUAUUGCACUGAUGCAAGUAUUGUGGAAUACGUUGGUUAUGUGCUGUACUGGUUUUGUGAUUAUAAUUGUCAUUCACAUGGGUGGCCAGGUCGAUAUCUUGCGGCGAGUUAUAACGGAAAUACGCAGUAGUAAUAACGAACUCGGUACAUCUAUAAACUUACUCAGUGAUGUCAUUAAAAAACACCAAAAGAUUAUUAGUUUAUCGGACGAUAUCGAGAAUUUAUUUUCGUCCAUUGCGCUACUACAACUCUUAUGGAAUACUUUAAUCAUCUGCUGCUGUGGUUUCAUGAUCAUACUUGCUCUCAGUACCCAUAAAGGCGCAAUGGUUUUAGCAAAGUCGAUGUUUCUUUACAUUGCAAAAACACUAGAGGUUUUCGUAUUUUGCUACGCAGGGGAAUUCUUAAGCUUUAAGAGUAAAUCGAUUAGCGACGCGAUAUAUGAGUCACAUUGGUACAACAUGAUGCCGUCCGACACUCGGGUUUUACUGUUCAUAAUGGUGAGAUCGCAAAAGCGGCUGACAAUCACCGCGGGAAAAAUUUUUGAUCUCACUGUGGAAGGAUUUAUGAGUGUCAUGAAAGCUUCUGCUUCGUACAUGUCUGUAUUGCAUGCUAUGUAUUGAAUUGGGAGAAGGAUCAUUCGUCCGCAGCUUCAAUAAACGCUCCGCGCCGGUGAUAGAUUGCCCAUUGCAAAUUUUUUCAACAGACACUUGUUACAGACGCGACGAAAAUAGAUUGUAUAAACAUAUAUAUUUUAAUACGUUUAACAUAAAACGUUAGAAUCUUAUUCAUAUAAAAAUGUAAUAAAUACAUCUUUUUUUA